GUUAAUAUAUAUUGCAUAAUUGCCGAGGAUUGCCCUUCGUACAACUGAAAUUGCGGUUUCAGCUCAUCAUGGCUUGAUGGCAUACCAAAGGGUAAUCUCCCUCCAAGGAGAGCUGCCUCAGGCCAGGUUUGGGCAUACAACGACUACUAUUGGACCUGGGAAGGUAAUUCUAUUUGGAGGAGCUGUCGGAGAUGUUGGAAGGUACACAAUCACUGCUGACCUGUACCUUUUUGACCUUAAUACCAAUGUCUCUACUAAGCUCAUCUCUGAAAACACGCCUUUGCCGCGUGCAGCUCAUGCUGCUGCGUGUGUUGAAUCAAUGCAAGUGGUAGUAUUCGGCGGUGCCACUGGUGGAGGUUCUCUGUCUUCGGAUGAUUUAUACCUGCUAGAUCUAAGGCGCGAUAAGCAUCUUUCAUGGAUCACUGUGCCUACUACUGGGCGAUCUCCCGGUAGGCGGUAUGGUCACACAAUGGUCUUCAGCAAGCCUAACCUAGUGGUAAUCGGUGGUAACGACGGGCAACAAGCUAGUAACGAUGUCUGGUACCUAAAUGUCGAGAAGUCUCCCUUCUGCUGGGUAGAGGUUUCUUUUCCUCCUACCCUUAAGCAGCCUCCCAAAAGGGUGUACCACUCUGCUGACCUAUGCAGGGAAGGUCCCGCUGCUACCAUGAUUGUUAUAUUCGGUGGCAGAUCGAGUGAUAACAGGUCAUUAAAUGACAUUUGGGGGCUUAGGCAACACCGAGAUGGUACCUGGGACUGGAUGGAAGCGCCUGUAAGGUUUAUUACUAUGCCAGAGCCUAGAUACCAACACUCAUCAUGUUUUGUUGGCCCCAAGCUGGUUAUUAUUGGAGGCCGCAACGACAGUGAUUUUAACAAGCCCCUGUCUGUUUCAGCUUAUGAUACAGAAACUUUGGAAUGGUUCAACAUGUCAGCUAUUCACAGGUUCCGUCACUCCUCCUGGGCUAUCGGCGGCCAGGUAUACAUUUUCGGUGGUUUCUCGCACCAGACUCAGAAGCAUCCUACAACUGAGCUUCGUGUUAUAGAUUGCUAUGAGGCAUUCAUUGAUUAUUCAAAGGCAUCGGUCGAAUCGGGUAACGUAAGGGCAGAGGCGCCACCAGUUUCUGUGGGAGUUCCGAAAGUUCAAAACACUCCCCUCUUGCCACAUGUGGUACAACAGCCAACUAAAGUUGUAGAUCGUGAGAUUAGGCUGUCGUCACAUGCGCACGCGGUACAGGACGGCGUUUCUGACUUUUCAUAUCUAGUUCGUAAAAUAUCAAUUGACAAGCUAGAGGAGGAAGGUCGCAAGAUCAACAAGCCCGAGGCCCGUGCCCAGCUACGAUGGCAGAACGAAGAUGCUGAUACUGUAUACGAUCGCGUAAUACGUGCUUUACUGAACCCGAACAUAACAAACGACCAUGUAACGAUGUCUUACAAUGAAACGGCCUUUGCAAUUUCAUACGAGGACGUUCAGGCUUUGUGCCGGAUGGUGUACCAAAUAGUUAAACAAGAGGAUACUGUACUGAAUCUACGUGCGCCUAUCAAGGUGUACGGAGAUAUACACGGGCAGUACUACGACCUCAUGCGCCACUUUAGGCUGUACAAGUGCCCCCUAGAGGAAUCACUGGCUGAGUCCAUAGGAGCUAUUGGCGACAUUGAUUCUAACGACUACCUCUUUUUGGGUGACUACGUAGACCGUGGUUCCAACAAUCUCGAGGUUAUUUGCCUCCUUUUUGCUCUUAAAUGCAAGUAUCCCAGCCAAAUUCACAUGUUACGUGGCAAUCACGAGGACCCGGGUAUCAAUGCUAUAUACGGAUUCCAAGAUGAAUGUCGUCGUCGCCUUAGGGAGGAUUGCGAGAACCCCUACAGCUGCUGGAACGGUUUCAACAAGAUUUUUGAAAUGUUACCGCUUGGCGCACUUAUUGAAAAAAAGAUUUUAUGUGUCCAUGGUGGUAUUGGCAAAACUAUAAACCACAUUUCUGAUAUAGAGAGCAUUCCGCGACCUGUUACUGUAGCCCCGAUUCCAAAGAAUGACCAAGAUCAGAAGAUUUUGGACCUCUUAUGGUCGGAUCCCACGGAUAACGACUCCAUUUUGGGUACGGUACCCAAUGAAGUCCGCGAUCCGGAGAAGGUUGGACAUAUUGUCAAAUUCGGUCCCGAUCGCGUCCAUAAGUUCCUCACUACCAAUGAUCUCCAGCUAAUCAUUCGCGCGCAUGAAUGUGUAAUGGACGGUUUCGAACGUUUUGCAGGUGGUCGUCUUAUAACAUUGUUCUCUGCCACUAACUACUGCAACCAUUACAAAAAUGCUGGCGCUCUACUGUUCAUUAGGCGUGAUCUUACUAUAGUGCCCAAGUUAAUAUAUCCAUCUGUUUCUGAAAGCAAAAGUAUGGAAACCUGGGAUAUGCACAUGGCUGAACUUCGACCUCCAACUCCUCCCAGGAGCGCGCCUCGUAUGCGCGAGAUUAAUUACGGCGCACCUUGAUAAUAUAACCACUGUUAAUAUUAGUUUUGACACUG